CUGUCUCAUUCCGUGAUGGAACUGCUGCCUGAAUUUGACUCUGAUUAAAUCUUCCAACAUCCUGCACAAAGUCAAAAUUAGACAUUGGGCAACGUUUUCAAAUUGUGACAUCAAGUUUGUUCAAAUACUUUGAAAGAUGUCACUCUAUUUCGUGAUUGUGUAGUAAUACAGAAGUCAGUACCGUGGUUUUGCAACUUUUGAUUUGUUUCUGAACAUCCGUUCGUUGGUUACUUACUUGCUGGGUGGUAUACAGUUGUUUCGUUGCAUAAUGAACACGAACAUGACGGAUAGGACAGCAAAUUGCAAAGGAGACGUGAUUUAAUUUCACCAGUAACGCGAACCAACGAACCAACCAUCCAAACUAGUGCGGUGUGGUGCAUGGUGAUUCGUCGACCUCUGGAGAAAUACAUCAAUUUUGAUGCAAGUGCGAGCAGUGUGACUGAGGGAUGCUGAUGCUGCCGCUGCCCCCCAUUAAUUGAGACGACCAGGCAACCACAGCAAACAAAGUGCACAUUUGUAACUCCCAAUUUACUCCGUAACACAAUACAUGCACCAAUUUGAAAUGAAAUUCAUCACUGGCUUGUUCGUAACGAUAUUCCUCCUCCUCGUCAUGGGCGGGCUGGGAGCAGGGCGAGGGUUUCGGAGUAAGAGAGGACAUAAAACCACAGGGGAUGUCAGUAUGGAAAUGUCGCACUCUGCCCAAAAUCCGGAAAAGGGACUUGGCGAUUCCUGGAAAAAUGAGGACGACGGAAGUUACGUGUCCUCUCAAAACAUUUGCGACUCUUGGUGGUGUGGACAAGGGCAGGAAUGUCGUCCAGGAGGAGAUUUGCUUCCAACUUGUGUUUGCAAAGAAGUUUGCCCCCUCCCUUCCUCAGAAGAUGUCAAGAAAGAGAAACAACCGCCCACAGGAUGGGAUUGGAAAAUGAAAGACGGAGAAGUUCCCGACCAAGGCUCUGUUUGUGGAAGCGAUGGGAUUGUUUAUCCCUCCGAAUGUGAGCUUCAUCGCAGCGGUUGUUUAACUGCUAACCCACAUCUGCAAGUUGCGGGAACACCGGAAGCGUGCGAAAGUAGGAGGAACGACGAGGAGGAAGAAUCACAUCCACCACCCAAAGAACAAGAUGAUGAAUCUCCCGAUGUAAUGGUGUCACCACCACGUCCGCAACAACCACCCGAUGAGACAAGCCCCUGUAAUCAUGGUCGUCGUCGUCGUCGCAAUACUUCACCAGGAGCAGGGAGGACGAAUCGGAAGAAGAAGCCAUCCUCGCCGCCGGGAGGUAAAAAAGAUGCAACGCUAUUAUUAUUACAUGAAACUUCAAACUUAGAUGUGGAAACACCCUCGAAUGAUAAUGACGGGGAGGAAGACGACUACGACGGUUACGACGACCGAGACUUUCACAACGACGAGGACGACGACGACGACCUUGAAAACAACGACGGUUACCCAAGAGGAAAGGAUGACUGCUCAUCGCUCAAGAAAAUGAGGAAAUCCAUCAAAAAGUUGAACAGACGGAAGUCAAGAGGAGGAGGAACAUCAGAAAAUUCCAGGACGAAUAAUAAUGCAAAAAGGAAGCGAGGUUCAACCCUGUGCACUUUAUCAGAGUAUAAAAUAUUUAAGGAAGCAUUACUAACGUACAACGAGAAGCACCUGGUUCCAUCCUCACAGGUGGAUGAGGACAAGGAGAAAUUAAUCAGUCGAGUUUUCGGGUAUUUCGACCGGAAUCAUGAUGGAGCUCUUGACUACGAAGAGUUACAAAGGAUUGGUCUCGAAGAGAAUUUGGGACGACCUCAGCAGCGUUGUCAUGCUGUCGAAUUUCUCCAUUAUGAUGAUAUCAACCAGGACGGAAGAAUAGAUCCAAAGGAAUUUGAUGCCGCCUUUGCUUUCACGGGCUCAUCCAUUUCGGGUGUAACUAAGAAGAAGACGACAAGGAAACCAAUCCUCGUGAAGGGUAAAGUAGGAGAGAAGCUGGCGGACCUGCGAUGCCCCUUUGUAUCAUCCCCGCCUCCGCAAUGGACUCGAUAUGGUCACCCUGUCGAUGGAUUAGGGCUGGAUAUUCGAGACGAUGAUGAUGCAACCGUGUUGUCAAUACCAGUCUUGGAGUUGGUCCAUGCAGGAAACUUUACUUGCAGAGGCAGCAGCAACAUUGGUGAUAAGGACAAAUUCCUUGAGCAGCCAUACCUGGUCGUAGUCACAAGUGAACCUGAGGUCCAAGUGCAUCCAAACAUGGUUCUGGAACGUCCUGGAGGUGGAGUAAAGCUUGAAUGUCGAGUUAAAGGAGAACCCCUCCCAUCCAUUCGAUGGCUGAAAAAUGAGGCUCCGUUAAGCCCGAUUCUGCUUGAAAGCAAUAAGUACAGCGUGGUCGGACCUUUUCUGGAAUUAACAAACGUGGUUGUAGCCGACACAGGGGCGUACAUGUGCGAAGCCAGCAACACCGCAGGGACAAAAGUUGACAUUGCAUCACUACUGGUUUUGGACGAAUUUGUCGAAUUUCCUUCCGGCGUUAAAAUUGGAACACAAAACGAGUCUCUGUUUGUUCUCUUGCACGAUGGAGGAAUUUCUUUAUAUGAUCCAACCAACUGCAGAUUACACCAGGAAAUUUUAGGAAGCGAUAUUAUUCCUGGGACACAAGAAGAUCUGGUUUGUGGGUCAAGUCCAUGCGUUUGGGGUGCCGGAAUUCACAUCCCAACUUCCUACAUUUACGCCUCACAACCUUUGUUGGACCGUGUUCUUGUCGUAUCCUUGUCGGAAAUGGUUGUGGUUGACUUAAUCCCAACCAUCAGCACUCCAUCCAAUCUUCACUACAUACCCCACAUGGAUCAAGUUUGGAUCCACGGACAGGGCGGAGGUCAAGUUGUGAGAGAUGCCAAGAAAAAGAGAAAGCACGGGGCUAAAACGAUAGAAAUUGUGGAAGCGAGCCCUGUCAAGGACAUGUUUCUUCCUUCGACAGCCCCAUUUGCGUCCGCUUAUCUCACAAAGGAGGGUGUUCGAGGGAUCUACAAAGUUGACCUGAGGAGUGGUUCUUAUCUCAAAAGUGUGGACCUGAGCGGCUUUAAUUGCCUCCCGGACAAGAUUCAUUUCUCUUCGCUGUAUGGCUUGCUAAUUCUUGAAUGUCAUGAGCCAGUACUGCACCGCCCUACUGGGACACUGCUACUAGAUUCGUUGACUGAUGCUGUCGUUGGUCACUAUCCGCAUCUCCAUGGACGAUUAUUCCUCAGUCCUGAUAGCAGAUCUCUGAUAACUUUGACUCCAAAGAGGUCGAAGAACAACAAGGCCGCCACAGACUUUGUGGUUCAUCAAGUCACACAAAACGGAUUAAAGCUGCGUUACACUGUCCGAAGUUCAAUAAAUGCGUCCGACGUUGAUUUUUUCCCAUCACAAGUAUCGCAAUCAUACGACGUGUUCGCCAGCAGUAAAGGUGCUGCCCACCACGACAAGCACCUCCUCUACAUUGACCUUUCUUCCGGAAGAACGGAAGUCGUUCCCGGCGUGGGGAAAUUUUCAGGACCUCAACAACAACAAAGACUAAUUGCUGCGCAACCUGGAGGGUUUGGUCAUUACUUGGUGACACCAGGCAGCAGUUCCGCGUUCGUUGUCAACGGAAGGACGAGAACGGUCAACUGUCAAAUUGGUGGAGGUCCAUUACAAAAUAUUUCUUCCAUCCUGUGGCUCCAGCCAGUUGAAUAAUUUACCAGCGCUUGUUUUGAGGAUAAUUCAGCAUAUCUCAUCUAUUUAUCUGACAAAUACGAGUACUUCUCGUGCGGAAAAUGAUAUAAAUAGAUAAAUAAAGAUGAUUAUAUAAUAUUGUGCUGAUUUAAUGGUGCUGUAAUAACUCUGGUUUGAUCUGGGAAUAAAGUUUUUUACGCUUGCAA